AUGGCCGCAUCGAAUGAUGUCCCCGAUGGCUUCGAGGAACAUCUUCGACAGAGACAGACUCUUCAGAGCCAUCUAGAGACUGUGCCAUCAUCUAGUGUCACCCAACCGCACGGGAACAUCCCAAAUACUCCCCUUGCCGCUUCGACCAUCUCAUUUCUGCUCGGAUCUAUAUUUUCCCUCGCCUUUGCGACAUUUUUAUCGGGAGGCUUGGUCUCAAGCUGGUGGUCUACAUAUCAACUGGGGUUUUUCGUAGCCGCAUGGGCCGCAUUUCAUUGGGGGGAAUUUGCAGUAACGGCUGGUUGGAACAGGGAGAAGUGCAGUGUUGAUUCCUUCCUUCUGGAUAACGGUGCUCUGUACCAUGCAGCCAACAGUCUCGCGCUGUUCGAAUACUUGCUUUCAUUGUACUUGCGCCCGUCAUUGAAGUCACACCCCUACAUAUCAGCAAUUGGGGUGACUAUGGUUGUCUUUGGUCAAGCGUUGCGAUCCAUUGCAAUGAUUCAAGCUUCUACUAACUUUUCUCAUUCCCUUGCUUUCCGAAAACUGGCUCGUCACCAGUUAGUGACUGAUGGUAUAUACGCAUGGUUCCGCCAUCCAUCGUAUGCUGGGUUUUUCUAUUGGGCGUUGGGGACGCAGCUCGUGCUCCAGAAUCCUAUUACAUUCAUGGCCUUUUCAGCCAUAUUAUGGCGGUUUUUCUCUCAAAGAAUACGAGUCGAAGAGAAAACGCUGAUAAACUUCUUCGGCGACGCAUAUGUCGAAUAUCGAAAGAGAGUGGGCACAAAAAUCCCUUUCAUCUCAUGA